UAAAGAUUUUCUUUCAUUCAGAUUAUAUUCAGAAUUAAGUUCGUUUAAAGCGAAGGAUUGAGGUGAAAAUGAGUGCAGAGGCGGCAGACCGGGAGGCAGUUAGCGGCAGCCGGCCAAACACGCCACCGCAGACCUCCUGGUUUGAGUUUCUCUUAGAUCAGUCACUGCUUGAAAAGCAUCUUCAGAAGGCCAGUCCAGACCCCUCACCAGUGCAGCUUGUUAUCCAGUUCCUUGAACAAGCCUCCAAACCUUCUGUGAAUGAUCAGAACCAGGUCCAGCCUCCUGCAGAUAACCGCAGGAACCGUACAUUAAAGCUGUUGGCUCUAAAGGUGUCUGCUCACCUGAAGUGGGACCUAGAUGUGCUGGAGAAAGGGCUGACCAUCCCAGUGUUGAAUAUGCUGCUGAACGAGUUACUCUGUGUCAGUAAAGUUCCUCCUGGUGUGAAACAUGUGGAUCUAGAUCUGUCUACACUACCCCCUACUACAGCUAUGGCUGUUUUAAUCUACAACCGCUGGGCCAUCCGCACUAUAGUUCUAAGCAGUUUUCCAGAGAAACAGACAAAGCCUGGACCACAUCAGCUGAACAUGUUGAACAUUGUUCAGCAGGAAAAAGAGUUGACUGAAAAUAUUUUGAGUGUGCUGAAAGAACAGGCCACAGACUCAAUCAUGGUUCUAGAAGGAGCUCUGAACAUCAAAAAGGACUUCUACAUUCACACCCUGCGCACACUGGACCUGCUGGCUGCUGACCCCAGCACAGCAAAUGGGGAAACUGAGUCAUCAACAGCUGGGCUCAGAAUCAGUGCCGAUGAGCUUCACUGUCAGGUACAUUAUGAUUUAGGAGGCAUUUAUUUCCAGCAAGGCUGUUCAGAUCCCUCGGCCUAUGAAAAAGCCAGAGAGCACUUCAGAACAGCUAAGGAACUGCUGUCAAAGCUGGAUUCAGGAGCAUUGCACUGUCAUUUGGAUGAGAAGCGUCUAGACGGGUACUGGAAUGCUUGCAGGGCCCUGACUGGAGCUUCUGACCCCACUGAUACCCAGCUCACCCCCUACGGACACAUCAACAACUUCAUCAAAACUCAGAACUACCAGGCUUUGAUAGAGGCUUUUAUUAAAGACAACGUAACACUCAGCUUGCCCAACAACUUCAGACAUUCAAUCCUGUUGGAGCUCCUACACAGAGUUCAGAAAGGGGAAAGGAUGUUGGAGGAGGUGUGUCAUAAGCUGUGUGUGUGUAACGCGGUGCGGGAUGCUCUGGAAGGCCAGGUCCUCAGUGUGAGAUUCCAGCAGCUACUCCUGAAGCCCACCAAGCAAAGCGUUAGCUUCCUUUUGGAGGUUUGUUCGAAGUCAUUAGACAAGGAGCUCACGUCAGAGACCGCUAAGAGGAACUUAGCUCUGUUCCUUAAGACUCUUUGUGAGAGACUGGAGGAGGUUCCUCUGGCGUUCAUGGUCUCUUCCCACAAGCUCUUCAUGGAGCUCCUUCACGAUGAAGAGAAAAAGAUGCUGCUUGACCAGAUGAGGAAGAGAUCAGCCACUGUCAAUCUCAGUGCCAAGCCCUUACCCUCCUUUUACGACAUCCCAGCGUCGGCGAGUGUGAACAUUGGGCAGCUGGAGCAGCAGCUCAUCCUGUCGCUUGACGCUCGCAGGAUCCGUCAGAUCCUCAUCGAGCUGCACGGCAUGGCCGAGCGGCCCUUCUGGAGGGUCAACAGCAAGUGGGAGGUCCCAACAGACUACAUCAGUGUGAUACUUGCCAUAAAGGACAACCUCACAAGGGAUUUAGUGUAUAUUCUCAUGGCCAAAGGCCUUCACUGCAUCACCAUAAAGGACUUUGCCCAUGCCCGGCAGCUCUUCUCUGCCUGCCUGGAGCUGGUCACAGAGUUCUCCCCUAAGCUGAGGCAGGUCAUGCUGAAUGAGAUCCUGCUGUUGGAUAUCCGGGCUCACGAGACGGGCGCGGCAGAGGGCAGUACAGAGCGCCCCCCUCCGGACCUGGUCAGCAGAGUGAGAGGAUACCUUGAGAUGAGGAUACAUGAUCUCCCUUUGAGGCAGAUUGUGGGAGAAGAGUGUGUGGCCUUCAUGUUGAACUGGAGAGAGAAUGAAUACCUUACGCUGCAAGUCCCUCAGUCCCUGGUCAACAACAACCCCUACAUUAAGCUGGGGCAGCUCCUGGCCUCCACCUGUAAGGAGCUUCCAGGUCCUAAAGAGAGUAGGCGCACAGCGAAGGAACUUUGGGAUGUGGUGGUGCAGAUAUGCAGUGUGUCUAGCCAGCACAAACGAGCCAAUGAUGGUCGUGUCAGCCUCAUUAAGCAGAGAGAGUCCUCGCUGGGUAUUCUCCCCAGGUCCAAAUUCAUAACCUUUGUCAAGAAACUGCGGGAACCGCUGGUGUUGACCACCCUGAUCUCUCUGUUUGUGAGACUGCACAGUAUUGUACGGGAUGAUAUUGUCAAUGAAGUGACGGCAGAACAUCUCUCCAUCUGGCCCUCAACACUUCCCAAUCUGCAGUCUGUAGAUGUGGAGGCUGUGGCAGUGACUGUGAAGGAGCUGGUCACCUAUGCGCUCACACUGAAUCCCAACAACCAGUCUUGGCUCAUCACACAGGCAGACAUAUACUUUGUAACCAAUCAGUACUCAGCAGCUAUGCACUUCUACCUCCAAGCUGGGACUGUUAGCUCAGACUUCUUCACAAAGGCUGUUCCUCCUGAAGUCUACACAGACCAGGUCCUGAAGAGAAUGAUCAAAUGUUGCUCUCUGCUGAACUGCCACACUCAGGUGGCUGUUCUAUGCCAGUUUCUUCGGGAGGUUGACUACAUGACCGCAUUUAAAGCUCUUCAGGAGCAAAACAGUCACGACUCCAUGGACUCUUUCUAUGACUACAUCUGGGACGUGACCAUCCUAGAGUACCUGACGCACAUUCAUCAUAAACGGGGUGAAAUUGACAAAAGACAAGUCGCUAUAAAGGCCAUUGGGCAGCCAGAGCUCAACUCCAGUAACCCAGAAGAGGUGUUGCAACUGGCUGCACAGAAAAGAAAGAAGAAAUUCCUACAAGCAAUGGCAAAACUUUACUUUUGAUUUACAACGAGACCAUCUCAUUGAAAAUGUAUGUACAUU